UGCAAGAUGGCGGCAGCGGCAACUUGCAGCCCUGGCGCCCAGGGUACCGGGUCUACGGCGGCAUCCAGUAGGAGCAACGUCACCAGCUUCCAGAGGAGGGGGCCUCGAGCGGGAGCUUCUGACAGCGGCGGCCCUCGGCUGGUGUCCAUUGCGGGCACGCGACCUUCGGUGCGGAAUGGACAGCUGCUGGUGUCAACCGGGCUGCCUGCCCUGGACCAGCUCUUAGGUGGAGGUUUGGCAGUUGGAACAGUUCUUCUAAUUGAAGAAGAUAAAUACAAUCUAUAUUCACCUUUGCUUUUCAAGUAUUUCCUGGCAGAGGGAGUUGUGAGUGGACAUACUUUAUUGAUUGCGUCUGCUGAAGAAGAGCCUACUGACAUCGUACAGGAACUUCCUGCACCAUUACUGGAUGACAGUUGUAAAAAAGAAUUUGAUGAAGAUGUUUGUAAGAAAAUACCGGAAUCUAAUGUUAAGAUGAAAAUAGCUUGGCGUUACCAGUUAUUACCCAAGAUGGAGCAGAUUGGACCAGUAUCUGCUUCAAAAUUUGGUCACUGCUAUGAUGCAUCAAAAAAGAUGCCACAAGAACUAAUUGAGACUUCAAAAUGGCAUGGAUUUUUUCUCCCGGAAAAAAUAUCGUCAGACCUUCCAGUAGAACCCUGUUCUUUGGCCCCUGGCUACUUGAAGCUGCUUCAGUUUAUCCGGAAUGUCAUUUAUGAGGAAGGAUUUGAUGGAUCCAAUCCUCAGAAAGCUCAAAAGAAUAUCUUACGACUAGGACUUCAGAGUGUUGGCUCGCCUUUAUGGGGAGAUGAUAUUUGCUGCACAGAAAACUGUGACAGCAGUCGCAGCCUUACCAAGUUCCUCUACAUCCUCCGUGGCCUGCUGCGAACCUCUCUUUCAGCCUGUGUCAUCACAAUGCCAACACAUCUUAUCCAGAAUAAAGCUAUUAUUGGUCGUGUUAGAAACUUGGCUGAUACAGUAGUUGCUUUGGAAUCGUUCAUCGGUUCUGAGAGAGAAACCAACCCAUUAUAUAAAGAUUACCAUGGUUUGAUUCAUAUACGGCAGAUCCCUCGGCUUAAUAACUUGAUCUGUGAUGAAUCAGAAGUUAAAGACUUAGCUUUUAAAUUAAAAAGAAAGCUGUUCACCAUUGAGUGGGUGCAAGACAACUACUUGAGACAAGAGAGGAACAUUUAUCCUCCAGGCUUCUCAUACUUACUCAAGCAGAAAGACUCUGCAUGGGGAGAAGGUUCUUUACAGCAUUCCACAUUUUUAAUGAGCUUCCUUGCAAAGGCGACUGCAUCUGCCUCCAGACUUGUCGGACACAGUGAGCCGCUCAAGCAAACAGGAUCUGGCAGACUCCUCCAAGCUGCUGGGCCCAGGCUGUGGCACGAUGGCCAGAGGCGAGAAGCACCUGGACUUCUAAGGGCUCCUCCUUAGCUGCUGCCUGUGGAAGCCUAGGAUGCCCUAAUUAGGAUUGCUAACAGCUUAUGUAAAUAUUUUUCUUAAUGAUGUGACUCCCCCCCCCCAGUCCUUGGGAAACACAGUUAUGACUGCAAAAUGGAAAAUUCUCAUUUUCUAACCAACUUUUUUAUGCAGAAGUAGUACAUCAGAGAUUUUACUUUUUUUUUCUUUCUGCAUUAUUUACAGAAAAUAGUAUUUAUUUUUUAAUUAAAAGAAUAAGCCGAAAUGCAAGAUGCCCUACUGAGGUCAGUACUGUAUUUGUACUAGUUAGGAUCGUGGCAAAAGGACAGGUGAUAGCAGCUGGAAAUAAAAUACUGUAAAAUUCAAGAACA